GAUGGAGUAAACAAGGAAGAAAGGUUUAUAAGGGAUCGAUCAUAAAUCAAUUUGUAUUGUGUAUUAAAAACAGUGAAACAAUGAAUAGUUAGUAAUGCCAAAUUUUAAGUAUCCGACAAUUUACACGGAAUGUGAUAUUUUUUUAGUUUGAUAACAUAAAUUAACGAAAAUGGCGACAUCAGAUGAAUUCGUUAUAGAUAGGACCUUGGGGGAAGGGGCCUUUGGAAAGGUGUUUCUGGUGACAGGAUCGGACGACAAGAAAAAGUAUGCUAUGAAGGUGAUCAACCUGAAGACGGCCCCGGACGAGGAGCGGGAGCUGGCGGUCCGGGAGGCCCAGCUUCUCAAGGACCUCGCCCACGACAACGUCCUCAAGUACAUAGACUCGUUCGAAUCGGACGGCGCCCUCUGCAUCGUGACUGAGUUCUGUGGUAACGGGGAUCUGUCUGAGUUCCUUGACCGUCGGAACAAGACGCGCUCCCGCCUGGAGGAGGACCAACUCACUGAGUGGUUCCGGCAGAUCGCUAGCGCACUCGAGUAUCUCCACGGCCGGAAGAUCGUCCACCGUGACGUCAAAACGCCAAACGUCUUUCUUACGGAAAACUGGAACACGAAACUAGGGGACAUGGGUCUUGCAAAGGUUUUAGAGAAACCAAGCCAAAAGGCGGUGACGUUCUGUGGAAGUCCCUAUUACAUGAGCCCCGAGAUAUUUUCAUGUAAACCAUACGACUCAAAGAGCGACGUGUGGGCAUUAGGCGUGAUCGUGUACGAGAUGGCAACGUUAGAACGCCCGUUUGACGCAACUUUGAUGCACCAGCUUGUCUUCAAAAUAGUGCACGGUGACCUGCCAGAAAUGCCGAAGGGUUAUUCGGAUGAAUUACCGGUAGUGUUGAAGAUGAUCUUGCAGCGUGACCCCGAGAAGCGACCAACGGCAUCCGAGGUCCUCCAGCACGGCUUUUUCAAGGGAUCAAAACCGCCGCCACUUCCUCCAAGGCCAGUACCUGGUGCCGGCGCGUCCGGCUUCGUGCAGUCUCGGUAUCGGAUCAACCGACCGAUGCCAGGCCAGGCACACAAGGAAAACCACAAGGCUGGCCCCUUUGACAUGGACAAAAUCAUGAACAAGUUCACCAGCAUCCGAAUGGAGGAUGCGGGGACGGCGGCCGGUGCAGCAGCGGGUGGAGCGCUGGGAGGAGAUACGCCGGUGAAAGGCCUAGGGUACCGUUCUAUUCUAAAUAAGCAAGGUGACGGCGGUGGCAGACAGAGUAAAAGCAAGUUUAGGAAAGACGUCACUAUAAAACCCUCCCCGCGGCGAUCGACUGGUGUUGAAGAGUCACAAAUGAGCGACACAGUCACCUCCAUGUCCGACGUAAAGAUUGAGGGCGAUUGGGAACGGACAUUGACAGAAGUGCAAAACGAGACGGCCAGCGCCGCCAUCAAUGUCAUGCAAAUGAUCGUCCGAACAAUGACCGGACUCUACCCGAAUGAGAAAGACGAGCGUGAUAAAAGUAUAGGAAACAGUGAUGACCCUCAGGCCGUGAUGCUGAGGCAGAUUGAACACCUCCAAUACUACUGUACAAGGGUGCUGGGUGAUGACGUGGCGCUGUUCGGGACAGUCUAUGACCUCAUCUCGCGGGAAAAGGACGAACACAAGCUUGAGGAACAACUGAUCAGUGUUCUGGGGCCUGAAAAGUUCGGGCUGUGUGGGGUACAUCUUAUGUUUCUGAAAAACUUCGAGUACAAUCUACAGAAACUCCACGAGUAGCACCUCCCCGUGGUUGGAUAGUAAUUAAACUGGGACGCUGUCGAUAAGUAUGGAAUUUGAGGAGAAAAUUAACAUAAGCAGAAGGAUGACAGACGUCGACGUGUCAACCAAUAUUGCAUAAUAAACAUUCUAAAUAUCAUUAACAUCUCUUGAAAAUGCCUUGUUUUAUACCUCGAGCUAACAUUCUAAAGAUUGGAAAUCAAGAAAUGAUUUUUAAACUUAUAUUAUCUAUGUAGCAAUUAGAAUGACUCUGUGUCUUCAUAUAACAACAAUAGAUAAUGUUCGAAUACUCCUUUUUUUUCUCGAAAUUGAAUGUAAUAUAACUCUUUGACAGUUAUACAUGUAAUGAUGUAAUCAUAAGUACAGCUGGUGAAUAUUAUUCAUGAAAGAUGCUACUCAUGAUUUUAUUUCAGACAUUUCGAAAAAAUACUUGACAGCAUCGAUAUCAUAAGUUUUAGAAACUAAAUAUUCCUUAGCAGAGCACCCGUUGUGAAUACAGAUUUAAAAAAAUCAAUAUUUUAAAAAUAAUAUAAAAAUUAUGUUUAAUCUUGUUCAUUAUUAAAAAAUCAUUAUUGACAUUAUUUAAGAGAAAAAUACAAAGAGGAUAAUUUUGUUUCAGUGUAAGAUUGUGAUGUAUUUCACCAAGUGAGCACCAAAAGCUAUAUCUCACGAGUGUUCUUGCCACGAGUGAAAUAUUUAAUUUUGGUGUUCACGAGGUGUCAUGUUGUUCACGAGGUGUCAUGUGUAGAAUCUUUCAUAAAUAUUAUAUGAUUUUUAUUCAAAUUUUAACGUAACCUCAUUUCGGAAAUGAAGUGAUUGAGUAUGUGUCCCAGCCUUAUGUGCGCUAAAGUUUGAUUUGGAAUUGAGAGAGGGCUUUAAUAUCAAAACAUUGAAAAAUUUCAAAAUUUGAAACAGUGAAAUAACAUUUUUAUUUCACUGAUAAUUCUCUAUUAACAACCGGAAAGAAUAUAAAAAUUAAAAAGAACCUCCUGGAAAGAAACAAAUGGUAUUUCAAUUGUUUGGCAGUUAUUUACGCCUGCGUGAUACUGUAAAAGAAGUAUUUAGAAUCAAAGAAUUGUUGUUUACUUAAUGUAUGCGAGUUAGCUUAUAGCAUUGUUUUAUUGAGUACAGAAAUUUAAUUGCUUGCAUACAUUUAAAUAGUUUUUUUUUUAAUUUGGUGUAUUACAAUUAUAUUAUGUUUGUAUGAUUAAAUUGUUAAUGAAAUAAAAAGUGUUGAGUCCUA